AUGGACUGGUAUGGUAUCAAUCCAUUGCCUGUUAGGAACCAGGUCACUCAGCAGACAAGAGAAGGAAGCUUCAUCUGUAUUUACAGCCGCUCCCAAUCACUUGCAUCACCGCCUGAGCUCCGCCUCCUGUCAGAUCAGCUGGAGGGAGCCACGCACAGCCCGGACCCCCGCUUGGGGUCGCGGGUCAAGCUCUGCGGCGCGCCGGACCCCUGCAGACCACCUCGCCUCACCCCUCCUCCCAGAGCCUCAGCCAGCACUCAGAAGGUCCCUUUGCAAUUUGUCCCGCAUUCAGGAGUUCCUUAUUCCCACGGGAAGAACUCGUUGCCAUGGAGAUGUGAGCCUUCCCAACCCCGAGGCCUGCCGGGGAAGCCAAAUCCUUCCCUGCGCGGCCCUGCCUGGCCUCCCUGGCUGGGUGGUGGGCGCCGUGGGCCACUUAGCCCUAUGAGAGAGGGGGUCUUAGGCUCCGGAUUUUGGAGGCCUGAAGCGGGGACAUUAAUGAAGAACACGGAGUUAAGAGGGAAAGGAAAGGAGAGAAAUGGUCUGAAAACACGCGAGGAGCGAGGGGUGGGAACCCGGAGCCGCAGGGCCGCGGCAGACCCUGCAGUGGUGGCUGCCCAGGGAAAAGCUCCAAGCAUAUCACUGACUGGCCUGGAAACCCUUUCAUCUUUGCUCCAUCAGCAGCAGUACUUUGAUUAAUUGAGUCUCCAGGCUUUAGAGCCUCCAACUAUUACUAAGCUGCAAAUCCCUGGGUGCCUGCUGGCUCCGAUCUGGGCCACGUGUACACCCAGGUGCGCCCCUUUCCUCGGCUGUUGCCUCCCCAACCCUCAAGCCUUUGGGACUCGGAGUUGCAAUGAACCUUAG